AUGUCACUGAAAGAACGUGAUACUAAUAAAGCAUUGAAGAUAUUUAAUAUUAAUGUUACCAAAUCUUUUGAUCUAUUCAAUUCCAAUUCAAGCUUCAACUUCCUUGUCUGUAGUGGGGCAGCCAGAAUAGAUUGGAGUCCACCAUCUAGUUGGGAGAAACCAGAAUAUCACUAUCUGCUUCUUGAUUUCAUAACUGGUUCUCGCCUUUGUGAUCUUGAUAUAAAUCUGACAGCAUCUAUCAUUCUCGGACUUAGGAUAGCCUAUCACUAUUUUGUACGCAGAGAUGGUAGAAUAAUGUCAUUUGAAGCAUUUCAGGUUCGAGCGUAUGACUUUCUUAAACAUUUCAGAAUAAAUGUUGUUCUUAAAAGUAUUCGAAAUCAUCUACUAAGUGGGCUCAACAAGAAACUUAUUUUAGUAUUUCAUAUCGACGAGUUUCAGGAAAUUUUUGCUUUCGAAAAUAGUUGGAAAGGAGGGUUGAGUAGGAAAGGACUUUUUAAAGAAAUGUUGUGUGCCCUCAGACCUUUGAUGAUGAAAUCUGAAACCACCAACAGAUUAUUCCUUCGAGUUUGUCAAGUGUCCUUUUUAUCAAACAAAUCAAUUAUCGAAAUUUUUGAUUAUUUUGCUAAAAAAGGAGGAGAUAAAGAGAAACAUUGGAUGUGCAACACAAAAUUUUUGCAGCUUUUAUAUGAUAUUAGUAGACUACCGCGAGCAUUGGAAACUAUUCUUGAUAAAUGUUUUAAAAGAGAUGGGUUCUUUCCAAAACUAAAGGAUAAAAACUUUACAUUCUUUGAUAACAUAUUCUAUGCUGUUAUUAAUAACCUCAUAAGAACAUAUAAAUUAGACAACUUUAUUAUGAAAAAUCGCAAAUCUAGUUGUCAACUCUUAUACUACUGCACUGGAGUCAUUCCAGUUCAGCUUAAUACAAAAUUGGAUAGUGAGUAG